AUGAAUGACGAUUCACCUGGACUGCGUAUCGUUGACGAAGGUGCUGGUCCAAGUGAUCCGAAUACGGAAAGUGGUGAUGUCACAAUGUCGUCCACUAGCGAAAAUGGUCAUCCUGCACGGAAAAAUGGCUUCAUUUGCAGCCAGUCCUCAUUUGCCGAUGAACUGGAAGAGCUACGAAAGAUUUCCUAUGCAUCCACUGCCUCAUCAACAAGGUACGGUAAUUGCACCUGCCUUAUUGGUCAAUGA